CCGUAAAACUGACAAGACGUUAAACAUAUGCGUAAUUACGUCCUGUUUCACUUCUAAUACGUUUUGUUUAACAAUCCGAUUUACUUUCUCAAAUGUCGGUUUUUCUAUUAGCUGUCAAAGGUCAGAUAGAAAAAAUUGCGUAUCCGGAUAUUCCAGAAUUGUUCGUCCGCUAUCAAUAUGUAUACGGUGAAGACUGGGUGGUCACAACGGGAAUCGAAGAAGGCAUUACACAGGUGUGCAAGCGCUAUGACGAUAACGAGGAUUUCGUCUACAACUUCCCCUUGGACGUAACAUUCAAGAGCACAAAUCCCCGUGGAUGGCCGCAGAUUGUGUUUUGUGCGUACGGAAGGGAUACCUGGGGAAGGGAAGUUAUUCGUGGUUAUGGUGUCACACAUAUUCCCCUUGCCAUUGGAAGUGAAAUGGAGCGAGUAGUGGGACUUUUUACCCCGGAUCCCUCGAAUGUUGCUGGCGGCUUUGCCAGUUGGCUGUCCGGACGCCGACCGGAAUUAAACGAUCCUCGCACGAUAGCCCGCAACAGAGGACGGGAAGUCCUCCAAACUUCCUCCAAAGGUUGUCUUCACUUGCGCUUAAACAUUAUAACCAAGGACCUGCAUAAGCUCCAGUACACUAUCUCGCAGAAAGAAACACCCCUGAUGACCUUAUCCGCUAGACCUCCCACCACCUCCUUGCCAAUACGCUCUGGUGCGGCGUCAAAUAACAUCGGAGAAGAAUAUAUCAGCAAAGAAAUGUCGGCGUUUUCCGUCCGAGAACGGCCUAUUAGGAAUUCUCAAGAGCAGUCGAGGGAGGUUUUUAGAGAGGAAGCUGGGCCGUCGGGGAUCGUGUACAAGUCCGGCCGAGACGAAGAAGAGACCACGCAGGACAUUCAAGAGUCGGCAGUGGUCGAAGAGGUGGGGAUUAUUAAGCCCAGCGAAUCUGACGAGGAAGACCAGCAGACGGUUACCGUUGUGCGGGAUGACCGAGAGCGAGCGGAAGUGCAUGUCCGGGAUGCUGGUGAGGAGCGUGGUGAAUCCGAAGUGUGAAUUGUUGACCCGACCGACGAGCGUUUUCAAGAAAUUUUUCUGUGCGUAAUUAAUACUGAUUAAUAGUAAUUAAUUGUUGUUUAUAUGCUGACCGAAAAACACAUUUUUGCUGGGUGCGCCAAUGUAGAGCAAAUGAACGGUUUACUUUGUGCAAAUACCGCGCUCUACACUCACAAUAAUACUACUGCAAAAUUAUCACAAUGUUAUUAUGAAAGUCCAAUAUCCUAUGGUAUAGGUUGUUUUAUAGUUCCAA